GAAAGUAGUCUACGUGUACUUGGCUUUAUGAUACAGUAUCUAUAAAACUAGGCUAUUUUUUUAUUGCUAAGCAGGUUCAACUAUUUAUUUUCUACAUUAGAAAAUGUAUUAUUGUGAUUAAGGUAUAUUUUUACUAGGCGUCUUCCACCACUUUUGACAGUUUGUAACCGGAUCCAAAGAAAUCGUGAACAGACAUCUAUCUAUUCGAGCCAAUGAAACCGCUUGUUUUCUGCGGUUUGUGGAACCCAAAUCCAGGCCUGCCUACAGUAGCAUAAUGUCAUCAGCUCAGAGAUAUUUAGAGGAAAAGGAAGCGUCCCCCCCUAGUUAAAUGAAAGUCAAUGAACUAAGAAGACCAGACCCAUCUGCUAUUGCAUUGGUGUCAGUUAAGUAGACCUGAACUUACAAUUUAUGUUCAAUGGUAAACGGACAGAGUGAACAAUCUUAAUUUAUCUGCCAUCUUUGAUCAGUUGUCAAGACACAAGUGUGUCGCUAACACUACGAACAUAUACUUCAGUUCGUUGAAGAGAGAUGGCGCUAAUUGGAGUGCAGCUGGUGGUCAGCUUGCUGGCUGCUAGCAUCAUGCAGAGAAUGACUCCACACUGUUCUUUUGCCCGCUGGCUUCUAUGCAAUGGCAGUCUAUUCCGGUUCAAACACCCCUCUGAAGGAGAGCUGUGCGCCCUGGCAGGCAAACAGAUGCCCAGCAAGCCCAGCAGGAGAGACAGGAGACAGAAUGGGGACAGCAAGCCUCUCACAGUGCCGAAGGACAUCGACCUUAACUUAGAAAAAGCUCCAAUUGGUGUCCUUGAUGCCCUUGUACUGCGAUUCUUCCUGGAGUACCAGUGGUUGAUUGACUUUGCAGUGUAUGCGAUGGGCAUCUACCUUUUCACUGAGGGCUACUUCUGUGUAGUUGACCCUGCCAUGGAGGUCCACAUUGGGGCCUUCUGGUGUGUGCUGACUGUUCUCUGCUGCCUGAAAACCCUCCACUCCCUGAUGGGCCACUAUUUCCGUUCUGAUGAGGGGGGUGAGCGUUCAGUGUGCUUGGCCUUUGGUUUCCUAUCUCUGCUGGUGGCCAUGUUGGUGCUAGUGGUCAGAGAAGACUACCUGGAGUUUGGCCUGGAGCCUGGUUUUAACAGUCUUUUUGACAACCUUGAAGUUUUUGCAAAACAGCAAGGCUUUGCUGAGUGGUCAGUCCCGGUGACCAAGCUGACUGUGAAGUUGGGUCUGGCUGCCAUCUGUGCUUUUAUUGGUGCUUUGCUGGCCUUCCCUGGCCUCCGCCUAGCCCAGACCCACCUGGACGCAGUUCAGAUGAACUCAGACCGCCCAUUCAUCCAGAUUCUGUUGCACGUUAGUUUUCUGGCUCCAGUGGUGGUGAUCGUGUUGUGGAUCAAACCCAUCGCUAGGGACUUCCUGGGGAAUGCUCCCAUGGGGAAGACCUCGGUCACGCUUAUGUCAAGCGUGAUGUUUGACAGUGUUCGUCUGUGGACGGUGGUGGUGCUGUGCUGCCUGAGGCUGGCCCUGACCCGCUACCACAUGCAGGCCUACCUCAACCUGUCCCAGAAGUGGGUGGACCAGAUGAAGAAGGAGGCAGGACGCAUCGCUGCCAUCGACAUCCAGAGGAAGGUGACCCGAGUGUUCUGCUACCUGACCAUAGUCACCCUGCAGUACGUGAUCCCUGUUCUACUCCUCCUCUUCUCUACCCUGGCUCUGAAGGUUCUGGGUGACUUCUCAUGGAGUGGUGCGGAGCAGGCUCCGGGGGUGACUCCUGCCCUGGUAAUGCCCACAGUCACUCCCGUCCUGCCAGGGCUGGAGGAGGACGAGGAUGGGGUGGAGUACAUGGAGGAGGACAUCCAGGCCACGGUGGCUCGUCUGACAGAGAGCUUCUCAGCCCUGCGCUCCAUCCUCACCCCACUCUUCUUCAGAGGCCUCUUUGCCUUCCUUACCUGGUGGGUGGCCGCCUGCCAGGUCAUCAGCAGCCUGUUUGGCAUCUACUUCCACCAGUACCUCAUGCAGAACUGAGGAAGAAUACACAGAACUACACUAUCCACAAUACAUAGCUAACACAAGCCCAGUGUGAUGUAGGCAGGUAAAACUCUUUAACACAACAGAAGGACAGGAUGGGUGCUCUUGUCUUACUGUAACUAAGGUGUCACGGAUGUAAAAAAAAGACAUGAGGCUUUCUUCUGACACACUACUACUUUGUUGUCCUGUGGGACACAGAUUAUGUUUUCUGUGACUGCCUGGGGACUGAUGGAGAUGCAGUAUAAUGGGGACUGAACUCUGUCCCUUGCUACUUAACACUUAUCUUAAGCCUUAUUCAUUUUUCAUCACACAAUAUUGUUAAAUGCUGCAAAUGAGACUUUACUAUUAGGAAAAAGGUACCACUAUUAGACAGAUUCAGAAGCUCUUGAAGCUUUUUAAAAUUGUCGUCCUAUAGUUGAAUUUUUUUUAAACCUUUAUUUAACUAGGUAAGUCAGUUAAGAACAAAUUCUUAUUUUCAAUGACGGCCUAGGAAUAGUGGGUCUGUUCAGGGGCAGAACGACAGAUUUGUACCUUGUCAGCUCGGAGGUUUGAACUUGCAACCUUCCAGUUACUAGUCCAAUGCUCUAACCACUCGGCUACGCUGCCGCCCCUGUUCUAAUACCGUACCGAUUGUCAUGAACCCAUGGAGUUCAGUCUAUGUAGCAGUCAUCACCACUUGUGUAUGGAUUUAUCAAACUCGGCCCUUGCCUCCUUAAUCAUGCCUCCUUAAUCAUUUAUACCCACCUUUUAAAACGAAGCACAGAGGAUCAGUUACUGUGUUUAUUUAAUGAAGUGAGUCAGAGGAAUUCCAAGUGCCUGGAAACUCAGGGAUUUUAAAUCAAUGAUAUGAUCUUUUUUCAUUAAAUGUUUUUUUUCUCUGUAAAAUGGUAGACUGGUGAUAGACAUUUAUCUGUAUCAUUUGAUAACACUCCAGCCCAGACUGGAUUUGGCCAAAUUGACCUGUUAUCAACCAUCUUUCAGUCUCAGCAAAGUUUGUUAGUUGUUUGAACAAGGUACUUUGUCUUUUAUUGCUGCCAAACUAUAAUUUUACAGAUGUAGGCUUAGAACAAAUCUCGCUUAAACCUAGGUCUGAAAUGCGUUGCUGAUUGUAGUGUCAACGUUUUUAUUUAUUUUUAAUGUAUUUAUUUCUACUCUAUUGCCCAUGGUCAUAUUGUGUUGGAAAGGUACAGGUGUCGUGCUGCUGUACGUUUGGGUCAUGGUUUAUGGCACGUGUGAUUUAUUUGAUUUAAUGUUCGCUAAUCAUUUCACGGUGUGUGUGGUUUGUAUGAAGAUGCUGUUUUUACAAUUAAGAGACUUCUGAAUGCAUGGCGUUAACUUUAGUUGUGUACAAGUGUUUUUAUUUGGUUGUGUGCCUUAAUAAAACAAUAAUUGAAUAUU